AACAAAUUAAAUAAUAUUAAAAAUGACUCUUUUCAACUCUAUUACACUCUUAGGUAGCUCCGGUUCAUCAAUGAAAUCAAGUGUUGCUUCAAGUAGCUCCAGUGCUUCAUUCGGUGACAACAGCGUUGCUCACAAUAAAGUACACUAUGUACCAAACUGUUACCAACCAAGUUUCAGACCAUGUCCACCACCACCACCACCAAAAGUUUGUGCUCCAUGCCCACCACCACCAAAACACUGUUAAAUAAAUUAUUAUUUAUAAACCACAUGUUAAAAUUUAAAUAAAAUUUAAACCUAUUUUUCAAAUU